GCGCGCGCAAGCGUGCACCAAUCGCGCUGCUUCUCCUGUGUGUUUUCAUGACGGCGACGAAUGUUAUCGGUAGUUCUAUGCUACUACUGCGACUCAGUCGUCCUCUCACCGCACUCGGUCAAUUGCUCCAUACGUUUGUGACGCCUGCCACGUUGCCAAGACAAAGCCUUAACGCCACAUGCAGAGUACUGCACCAGCGUGGACGCCAGAAGACGAGCAUGUCGUGCACACCGUGGGCCGACAGGAUAGUGUGGGUGGAUCUUGAGAUGACUGGACUUGACAUUGACAAGGACCAGAUUAUUGAGAUGGCAUGUAUUAUCACAGAUUCCAAGCUGAAUGUCCUGGCUGAGGGGCCCAAUCUGAUAAUCAAGCAGCCGGAUGAGCUGCUGGAUACAAUGUCGGACUGGUGUAAAGAGCAUCAUGGGAUGUCAGGUCUGACACAGGCUGUUCGGGACAGUACCAUCUCAUUGGAAGAUGCAGAGUAUCAGUUCCUGUCCUUUGUCAGACAGCAUACACCACCCGGACAGUGUCCUCUGGCCGGAAACUCUGUUCAUGAGGACAGGCGCUUCUUGAUGAAGCACAUGCCGCAGUUUGUUCACCACCUCCACUACAGGAUUGUUGAUGUCAGUACCAUCAAGGAACUGACCAGACGGUGGUUUCCAGGAGAUUAUAAGACUAUCCCCCGAAAAAAGGCUACUCACAGAGCUCUGGAUGACAUCAGAGAGAGCAUCACGGAGUUGCAGUUCUAUAGAGCGAAUGUCUUCAAGACCUCCACUGAUAAGGAAGACUGACGACAAAUGAAGAAAUGAAAGCGUCUAUCUCACAAAAUGUUUUUUUUCAGUCAGCGUUCCACUCUUUUUUUGAAAAUCUACGAUGUUCUAGAUCAAAAUAUUGGGGAAAAACAGUAUUUUUUUUAUAUUGAUUUGGGCUUAAUCACAUCUUCAUUUACCUGUGUGCAGUGGUCUACAUGCACACAACACAUCUGUGUUUGACAAAGAUGAAAGGAAGAGUUGCUGUCUGCAGUCAUUCUCCUAAAGUUACAGUUAGUGUAUUUUCACCUGAAAACUGUAUAUCAUCAUCAUUAGAACAAUAAAAUGGUUCCACUGGUUCCAAAUAUGUUG